AUGGCGCUCAAUGGCCACCAAACUGCCUCCACCAGCGACACCAAGUUCCCCUCUCCCUCUGCCGCUGCUCCACGAUGGUUUGCUACCGAGGGAUUUCGCGUCACAACGCAGAAAUUGCCCAUCCUCAAGGCCGGGCCCAUAGAAGAGAUGACCGAGAAACUCGGCAUUGCUCCUCCCGAAAUGAUCUUCGGCGACAAUUUUGUGUCCAUCGAACACCCAUCGUCCGGUUGGGGGAUCAAAUUUGAUGCCUUCGGGGCUUUGGAUCGGGUUGACAAGACAGGAGAAAAGAGGUUGAAGGUAGCAUACUCGAAGGAGUGGCAGCAGAGCAGAGAAGACACGCAUGAUAUCAAGGAGGUGGUGAAGCCCUUCGACUGGUCUUACACGACUGACUACAAGGGAGAGCUGGCGCCCCAAGGGCCGCAGUUCCAAGCGUCCACCGAGCCAAUCCCCUUGGAGUUAUUGAAGAGACCAGAUCCCAUUUUGUUCUUCGACGAUGUGAUCCUGUACGAAGACGAGCUGGCCGACAAUGGAAUCACCAUGCUUUCCUGCAAGAUCCGGGUCAUGCCUGCGCGAUUGCUGCUUCUCUGUCGUUUCUUUAUGAGACUCGACAAUGUCAUGUUGCGGCUGCGCGAUACCCGCGUCUACAUUGACUUUGAGAAGAAGGAAGUGACUCGAGAAUAUGUUGCCAAGGAGGAGGGUUACGACAAGGUUCGCGACCAGCUGGCAGGCAGGCGAGAUGAUGUGGCUGCUGUGCUCAGAGACCCCAAUCAAGUCGCCAAUCUUCUGCCAGUCGUGGAGAAGACGCUCGAACAGGUUGAUCUAGCAAAGUGA